GAAAGGAAAUUUCAAGCAUGAGGUGAAUCCAGAGACAACUGUUAAAACUCUAUCAAUCCUCCUCAGAGCAGCUUUCAUUCCUGCUCUAAAAGACCUCUGCUCCUGAUUUUAUAAGACAUAGACUCAUCUUAGACAUGGCCCCAGAGAUCAUGCCAGAGCCACUGUGCCUCAUUGAAAACACUGAAGAGAAGCUAGUGGUUAAGCAAGAAGCUCUGAAGAUCCUGUCUGCCAUCACCCAGCCCGUCGUGGUGGUGGCUAUCGUGGGCCUCUACCGCACAGGCAAAUCCUACCUGAUGAACAAGCUGGCUGGGAAGGAAAAGGGGUUUUCUGUUGGCUCCACGCUGCAGGCCCACACCAAGGGGAUCUGGAUGUGGUGUGUGCCUCAUCCUGAGAAGCCAGACCACACCCUAGUUCUGCUUGACACCGAAGGUCUGGGAGACAUAGAGAAGGUUGAUGAUACAAAUGAUGCCCAGAUCUUUGCACUGGCGAUCCUGCUGAGCAGCACCUUUGUAUACAACACCAUGAACAACAUUGACCAGGGUGCUAUCGACCUACUGCACAAUGUGACAGAACUGACAGAUGUGCUCAGGGCAAGGAACUCACCUGAACUUAAUGAGGUUGAAGAUGCUGCUGACUUAGUGAGCUUCUUUCCAAACUUAGUGUGGACUCUGAGAGAUUUCUACCUGGGUCUGGAAGCAGAAGGAAAACUCAUCACACCAGAUGAGUACCUGGAAAAUUCACUAAUGGUCAAAGAAGGUAGCAAUGAGAGAAUUCACAAUUUCAAUUUGCCCCGUCUGUGUAUAAAGAAGUUCUUUCCAAGAAAGAAAUGCUUUAUCUUUGACUCACCCGCUGAGAAGAAGAAGCUUGCCCGGCUUGAGGAGCUGCAUGAUGAUGAGCUGUAUCCUGAGUUUGUGCAACAAGUGGGAGAAUUCUGUUCUUAUGUCUUCAGCCACUCCACAGCCAAGAUUCUUCCAGGAGGCAUCACGGUCAAUGGACCUCGUCUGGAGAGCCUGGCACAAACCUAUGUCAAUGCCAUCAACAGUGGGGAUCUGCCCUGCAUCAAGAACUCAGUCCUGGCCUUGGCCCAGAGAGAAAACUCAGCUGCAGUGCAGAAGGCCUUGGCCCACUAUGAUCAGCAGAUGGGCCAGAAGGUGCAGCUGCCCACAGAAACCCUCCAGGAGCUGCUGGAGCUGCACAGGGCCUGUGAGAGGGAGGCCAUGGAAAUAUUCACAAAGAACUCUUUCAAGGAUGAGGACCAAAGCUUCCAGAAGGAAUUACAGACCCUACUAGAUGCAAAGCAAACAGAUAUUUGCAAGCAGAACAAGGAAGCCUCUUCAAAACGUUGCUCAGCUUUACUUCAGAACAUUUUUUGUCCUCUGGAAGAAGCCAUGAUGUUCGGGAUUUAUUCUAGGCCAGGAGGCCAUAAUCUCUUCCUUCAGAAAAGGGAAGAGCUGAAGGCAAAGUACUAUCAGGAGCCUGGGAAAGGAAUACAGGCUGAAGAAGAGCUGCAGAAAUAUUUAAAGUCUAAGCAGUCUGUGAGUGAUGCAAUUCUACAAACAGACCAGGCUCUCACCGCCAAGGAAAAGGAGAGGCAAGAGGCCCAGCGGAGAGCAGAGGCUCAAAGGGCCAGAGCUGAAAGACUGGCGGCCAUUGCCAGGGAGAAUCAGCGAAUCGUGGAGGAGAAGGAGAGGCUCCAUCAGCAGCAAGUGAGACAGAUGGAGAUAGAAAGAGCAAACUUUCUGGCACAGCAGCAAAGGGAACAGGAACGUCGGCUCCAGGAAGAGGCUGAAAGACAAAAAGCGAUGGCUGAAGCUGAACUCAGAAGGCAGCAAAUGGAGCUCCAACGUCUCCAGAGCAUGUAUUGCUCUAGAGACAGACGUCGACACGAUCAGUGCAUCUUACAAUGAAAUGGAAGAAAUCAAAAGAGAGAGAGAGACUGACAGUCUCAAAGCUUGGCAGAGACUGACUGUCUCAAGGCUGACAGUCUAAGGCUUGCCCCUCCUGCGAAACCCGCAGGAUGCGCUCUUCUUCCUCCAGCGUCCACCCGGGCUGCCGCGAAAGCCCCACGUGGACCCCUGAGGGUGCAUCCUAACCCCAUCUGCGGAAAGUGGGCUCAACUCUUUUCCCGAACCAAGGAACCAAAGUUCAUCACCCUGUAGAGGCGCUGCUGGGAUGAGGAAAAGGGUCACUUCUUUCAGACUCCUCCAGUCUUCAGAAGUUUCCUCAUUACCCCCUAGCGGUAAUUGGAGAAAUUGUGUAAAGUAAUUCAAUCACACUCUCACUAAUGAAGGGUAAAAAACGGUUAGGAGGUCUAAACCGGUCGGUUUAAACCGAGAGAACUGUUUCUCUUGAACUGUUUGCAAUGCGUGGUAUUUCCAAGAACUAUAUCCACAUAACCUGUGGUACUUGCCGAGAAUUCAGGCCUCUCAGACAGGAACUUUCUCAUUCUACUACUUAAUAGAACUGUCUCUACUUACUUAAUUUGGAUUUGAAAACUUCUUGGCUUGGAAACCUCAGUCCUUCUUUAUAGUUAGAAAAAAAGGGACAAGAACAAAAACUGGGGGAAGCUCAUCAACCAUGCAUAUGUUUUACUUCAUAAAUCCGGUUCCCCAACAGCCACAGAAAAAGAACGGAAAUUGUACAGAGGAAGUUGGUUUAAAAAAACCUAUUGGUGUGUUUUUUCUAACAAAAAUAUUGUCAACCUAGUUUACUUGCUAAUUUACAACUCACAGGACAUAAUGAUACAUAUUAAUUCAUUAAUGUUUAAAAGUUAUGGAGGAGUCAUUCUUUAUUCAGAAAUUACCAGUUGCUAUAGAAUACAUCAUCUGGUGUCUCAAAAAAGGCAUGAAGUUUGUUAUUGCAUGUCAACAUUUAGCCUGCCCUAUAAGAUACAGAGUUGUGUUUAGAUGCAACAUAGCUCACCCAUAAUAACCCAUGAGCUGUGGGCAUGCCUCCCUUCUGUGAGAUCUGCACAGGUGUGCACAGGAAAGUCACCUUUGACUUGAGGGCACACCUGGUGGGAGAGCUUGUCCUCCUGCUCUGGCUGCAGGACUCCUGGAAUGAUGAGGUAAGGGAUCCCCCUAUUGGCAGAGGGCUAGGAGUAUGUCGCUUAGCGACGUCUUGCAAUACAGGGACAGUCAAAGCCUUUUGAUGGCUUCUGUUUCUUGAGGUCACAAAAUGCCCUAGCCAUGAAGAUGAACAAAUCCAAAAUAAUGCCUCUCCCAGAUUUAGGAGUUCUGUCAAAUCCUGGAAAAUCUUCAAACACUGACUCUAAGGCUUCUAUUCCUUUUUGUCUAAUGAACAAGAAUAUCUUUUUUCUAGCUAAAUAAAUUACUUUCUAGAGUCAUAUUUUUCCUGAGGCACUUAAAAGAUACCCUCUUUACGCUUGUGGAGGAUGUACUUUUUUUCACUCUUGCUACUACUCUCUCUUACUCCUGCCUCCAGCCUGCUCCAUGAGCACUAAAUCUGGCCUCAUCAAGAUGGAUGAUCACCUCCCUUUGUCACCUUCUCAGCCGGGUCUUCCCUGACUACUCUAUGUAUAAACUCAACUUCCAACACUCCUCAUCCCCUUUCCCUUCCUAUUUUCUUCAAAGCACUUAAUAUUUGUGUAUGUAUAUAUAUAUAUAUAUAUGUGUGUGUGUGUGUGUGUGUGUGUGUGUGUGUGCAUGAAUGUAUGCAUAUUUUUCUAAUUUAAUUCAUUUCUUUUUUCAUGAGAAUAGAAUUCCAUGAGAGCAGUUUGUAUCCAUUUUCUUUACUACCAGAUACUGAACCUGUGCAGCACAAGGCAGGUACUGAAUAGAAGUUUGUUAAAUUAAUGAAUAUCAACAAAUCUAAAGAUGUGUUUGGUCCUCUUAGGUGAACUCUAUGUACUGAAUGUUGUUGAUCGCUUCCUUUUCUUGGUACAUACUCCUCCUGGGCUAAAGAGACAAUUAUUCUACAAAUUCUACAACCUCCCCUGACUGUUCCUUUCUUAUAGCACUAUAUGCCUGUAGUGAGACACAAAAUAUUAGUGUUCUGUGAACUCCACCUGUGUCCUUUGCUUUCUCACUUUGUUAUUUUUAAAAGAAUAAAGGAACAACAGCUGUUUCUA